AAAAAAAAAAACAAAACGCGAACGUGAACGGACUUGUUUUAUGUGCAAAAAGAGGACACCGCAACUAUGUUUGAUAAAUUUAUAUAUGUUUAAGUGAAAAAUAUCCAAGCGGACAGUGGAAGCCCAAGCUUAUUAAUUUUUUUGUAUAGCCAAGCCAACGGGGGGCGUGCAUUGUUUUGUGUCUCUAUAGUGAAAGAACAAGUUGCAGUUCACCUGCAUUAGUAUUGGUGUUGUGUGUUGGUUUAUUGCGUGUACGUGUGAGUGGUAGUGCUGCGUUUGUGUGUGUGUGGUGGUCUGUGGUCUUGAUGUCUGCGCUUUUUCCCAGACGCCGAAGACGUGAGCACACAGGUGAAUUAUUGGUGCAAUACGCUGCCUUGGCGCUGCUGCUGCGGUGUUGGCAACAAAACCAUAGCUAACAAAAGACAAUCCAAAACGACAACGCAUAGAACGAGGCGAAUCGAAAAAUGCUGCGUUUUCUAAGUCGUCGCAAGGUGCGCAACAACUAUGCGGAUAAUGCGAGCAACGCGCGGGGAGGCGGCAACGUUGGUGGUGGCGGCGUCGGCGGUGCCGUAAUUGCAAGCAGCAGCGGGUCACAGAUUAAGCCCCAACGCAUUGUAGUAAACAAGAACAAAAUCGACUGCCGUGUUAUACUGCUGGACAAUACUGACCUUUCCAUCGAAUUAUCGAAAAAAGCACUUGGCAGCUAUCUCUACGAGCAAGUGUUUUAUGCCUUGGAUAUCAUUGAAAAGGAUUACUUUGGCUUGCAGUUCAUGGAUGCCAAUCAUGUCAAGCACUGGCUAGAUCCCACCAAGCCCAUUAAAAAACAAGUUAAAAUUGGACCACCGUAUACAUUCCGUUUAAAGGUUAAAUUUUAUUCAUCGGAGCCGAAUACGCUGCGUGAAGAGCUGACGCGUUAUUUGUUCUUCUUGCAACUGAAGCAAGAUUUGCUUGAAGGUCGUCUAGACUGUCCGGAUGACAAAUCCGCCGAACUUUGCGCUUUGGCUUUGCAGUCUGAGCUCGGUGACUACGAUGAUCAGGUGCAUUCGGCAGCCACCGUCUCCGAGUUUCGUUUUGUGCCUGAGCAAACCGAGGACUUGGAGAUUGCCAUUCUGGAGGAGUACAAGACAUGUCGUGGUCUAACGCCAGCUCAAGCUGAAAUGGCAUUUCUAAACAAAGCCAAGUGGCUGGAUAUGUACGGCGUAGACAUGCAUACGGUGCUGGGCAAGGAUAGCUGCGAGUAUCAUCUAGGCUUGACGCCCACGGGCAUACUUGUAUUUGAGCGCGAUCAGAAGAUUGGCCUAUUCUUCUGGCCCAAAAUAAGUAAAUUGGAUUUCAAGAAGAAAAAGCUAACGCUCAUUGUUAUUGAAGACGAUGACGAAGGCCGCGAACAGGAGCACACUUUUGUGUUUCGUCUGUACAACGAAAAGGCUUGCAAGCACUUGUGGAAAUGCGCCGUGGAGCAUCAUACCUUCUUCCGUUUAAGAGCGCCUGUAAAGGGGCCCUCGGCGCGUCAGAACUUUUUCCGCAUGGGCUCUCGCUUCCGUUACUCUGGACGCACUGAGUUCCAGACCACGCAGCAGAGUCGCGCUCGCCGUACCGUGCAGUUUGAGCGUCGUCCUUCGCAACGUUUUGCCAGUCGUCAAUCGCAUUUGUUGCGCGAACGUCAGAAGGAAUCCGCGGCUGCUGCUGUUGCUAGUGUAAAUGCACGUGCUGCGGCUGCCGCUGCAGCAGCAGCUGCUGCCUCGCAAGCCACGAAUACAUCUAUUGUUGCUCCAGCUGAGAAUAAUAAUGAUGUUUUCGAUUCGCUCAUUUCCACGGAUCAGUUCAGCAGCGUUACGCCUUCGCCUUCGGUGCUAACUGUCAUACAGAGCUCGGCCAUUAUUGAACCAGAUGCUGCAUGCAGCGUAUCCAUUAGCUCAUCCUCGCAGGCAGCAGCAGCCACUUGUGCCUCGCUGGGACGCAAUUCACUUAAAUCCAACUUUAGUAACGAUGAUCCAGCCUAUAGCAAAAUAGGGUCCAUUGGCAAAGCUGCGGGACUGUCUGUAAAAUUGGAACCGGAGUACACGCCGCCUUAUUCCCCAAAUGCCACUAAGAACUUUGAUGAAACGAAUCCAUUUAGAAGUGCAGCCAACUCGCAUCAUGGAAGCUUUGGUAAAGCCUCCAUUAGCUCGGGUCAGCUCAGUGUUAGGAGCGGCUUAUCGGAUAAAGAUAAAGAGCUAGAUUCAUUACUUAAGUCCAUUGUUAAAGAUCCAUCCCCAUCAGUGCUUGCAAAUGAAGCCAUUAAUGAUGCUAACAGUAUCAGGGUAACUAUCAACAAGACCUUUGACAUGGAUCACAACACAGAGACGCUAAAGCGAUUGUCCAAUGCAAAUGAAAAGCCCAACAAUCAGGUAAAGCUGGCCAAUGUGGGCGCCAGUGCGCUGCCGCCCGGCAACAUUAAGUGCAAUAUACUAAAGGCGCGCGUGGAAGAGGAGCUCGGUGCUGGCGGCGGCAACGCCAAGCUGACCAAUCAAAUGUUUGUGCCUGCCGCGCAGCAAUUGAAUAACAACAACAGCAGCAACAUCUGUGGCAGCAAUCAGGCUCACAGCGAUGGACCGGAUUCCCUGAAUGCCACCUAUAUAUCUGUGGGCGGCGAUAAACUAACGCUCAGCAUACCGGAACAGAAGCCAAGCAGCGGCAGUGGCAGCAGCGCUGCUAGCAGCUCAAGCACACACAUUGCGCGUGCCAGCAACAGCUCGCCCUUUAGCAAUGCCACAUUUGUGUCGGGCUAUAAUGGGCCACCAACGCCGCCAUCUUCGCUGCCAACGUCAAUAAACAAUAACAGCAACAAUUGCAUGGCCAGCAGUGUGACCAACAUAAGCGCGCCAAGCACUGCCAAUGAGCUGACUACAGCAACGGCAACAACCAGCAGCAGCAGCAGCUCUACAACACCUUUGCUGAGCAAUGCCUCGGCGGCCGAAAUACUCAUUAAUGAAAUAUUCAUUAACAACAUCAUAAACAAUAACUCAAAAACAGAGGCAAAGACAACAGCAAUAGCUACCGCAGCAACUUUAACAACAGCAACAACAACAGCAGCAGCGUCUACGCCCAGUGCGGGCACUUUGCUCUUCUCCACGCUCAAUGAGCAAGAGCGUUUGGAGGCACAGCGCAGUACUCAUCAUCAUCAGCAGCAGCAACAACAUCAUCAUCAACAACAACAACAGCAGAGCGAAGUCGAUGCGCCGUUUAGUGAAAAGAAACAUAGCAGCAAUAAUCAACUGGAGAGCGCACGCAUUGCAAAUAACAACAGCAAGGAUAUGGUCUCACCCUGGCUGGUGUCCUCCGAGGUAGUCUCAGCGCCCAAGGGACGUGAGCCAACUAUCAUACGCAAGUCCGUUAUUACAACACAGUUGUAAUUAUUGUUUAACCUUAAAGAGCAGCUAAACUUUUACAUAUUAAGACUAAAUGUUCGUAUUUAUAUAUAUAAGUUGAUAAUUAGCUAUGAGACAGCCUUAGACAACAAUUUUUUAAGCAUUCCAUGCAACACGCAAUGCAACGCAACGUAAAAUGACAAUGAAAGAGCAGGUCCAAUCAAAAAAACAACGCAAGCGAAACUAACAAUUAAAACUGUCCAUUAAAUGUGCCUUAAAUUAUUUACAUAUUAUA